CUGAUCCGGCUUGGUAAGAGAAACCGUACCUACUCUACCCUGCCCCGAUUGUGGCGAUCUGGAGGCGAACUAUGUUCUUGCCUUUUCCGGAAUUGCACUGUUUACUCAGAAGGUGAUGUCAGCAGUCACUCCAGCAGCUGUGGAGGCAAAAUCUUCUUCUCCCCGCCUCUCAUGCAAUAUGCCGGUCUGCAUGACCUCCCCCCUGAGCUCCUUGAGCAGAUCCUUACCUACACGCCCGACGAUGACCUCCAGCACGCCGUCUACACCCUCAAGAUCGCCGACUCGCUCGUAUCCAUCCCGGAGGACCUAAUGUUCAAACAUAUACGUCUGAAGCGCCCAGACCAGGCAACACAACUUUACCUGCGACUACGCAAGGACCCAGAGCUGGGGAAGUCGGCGCGCACGCUGUAUCUCACGUCGUGGUCGAUAGAUGGUAUCGCGGUCAUCAAUCUCAUUCGCUUGCUCCCCAACCUCGUAUCGCUCAUAUUGUACAUCGGGCCAACGAGCUUCAACCCAGAGGAGCUCGAGGAAGUGUUCCAUAAUGAGCUUCCGCUGCUCGAAUACCUCUCGAUUCGGUUCAAGCCCUACGUGCAGAAGGCGAACUACUAUCAAUUCCUCAAGGGUGCCUACUUCGACUCGGCCCUCCUCCGACUGUCCAAAUGGACUUCAGGCAAACUCCCCUCCCUCUCGAUCGUGCAAGACCCUAUGGCGCCCGACAUCCAACGAAAGCAGAAGUUCGCGCAACCCCUCGUCUUCUUCCGCCUCGACCCCCACCUCUCCGCGCUCGCCAAGUCCGACUACCUCUCCACCGUCUCCUCCUUCCGCCUGCGCAUCCCCGGCCGCCAGGUCGCGCGCUCGCUCACCUCGUCCGUGCACGCCCUCCCGUCGGUCGAGCUCCUCGACUUGAGCACCUGCAAUGUGCUCGAGGCCGAUGUGGGCUUGAUCCUCACGCGCUUCACUCGUUUGCGGCACCUCAUCCUGGACGCGUGCGCAAUUGUGCGCGCAGAGAUGCACGACUCGGACUGGUUCGAGUUCGGGAAGCAGUGCGCGACGGUGGGCGUGAACCGCGCGCGGCAGCGGGAGAAGAAGCUCAAGACGUGGCUCGAGGAGGACGUCGCGCGCCGGGAGGGCGUGUACGAGAAGUAUGACAUCCCGGACCAGCCACGCAAGGAGCCGGGCAGGAGAGCGCGGAAGGGGCGGAAAGGCCUGGCGACGGCGACGAUCUCGCUGCGCGAGAAGGACGACGGGAAGCCAUCCUUGCCCGCGGGCCAUGUGUUGCCGAAGGAGCUGCGCGGGAUCGUGCCAAAAGUACGCGUCCUGCCUGCGCUGCCGCCGUUGCUCUCGAUCGCGACGUCUUCUGCGAUUCCCGGGCGCGACAUCCCCGAGGACAAGCAGGCCACCUUCCGCGAGCACUUCCAGCUCGGGUGGAAUGAGGGCGUCGCGCAGAUGGAGGCCGCGCGCACGCGCAUGCGCCGGUCCUCGACGCUCGGGUACCGAAUAUUGCGGCACAACUUCGAGGAGUUGGAGGAGUUGGAGGAGGACGAGGCGGAGGUGGGGUUCAAUGGGCUGGAGGAGGCGGAUGCAUCGGAUUUUACGUUGGAGAAUAGGGUGGCGCCGGUGGUUUGUCUGGCUGGCAGUGUUCCGUUGGAGAAGCAUACGCCAGGGUGUGGCCAUAUUGUUGGACGGGAGGUGUGGAAGGACCCGUUAUAGCAUAGACAGUUGUAU